AUGAGUCCAGCCCCAAAUACGUCUGUAGUCCGAGUUGCAGUCACUCAACAUGAGCCUGUGUGGCUUGACCUUGAGGAAACUGUGAACAAAACAUGUUCGAUUAUAGAAGAGGCUUCAAAGGCCGGUGCCAAACUCGUCGCCUUCCCUGAAACUUGGAUUCCUGGAUAUCCAGCAUGGCUUUGGGACCGUCCUGUUGACUUUGAACUUGGGGUUCGAUACGUCCAAAACUCACUGAAGAUUGAGAGCCCAGAAAUGCAACGUAUAUGCGAUGCCGCUGCAUCAAACAAAAUCAGCGUAUCACUCGGGUUCUCGGAACGUGACGGAGACUCUUUAUAUAUCUCCCAGGCUUUGAUCAACGAAGAGGGAGAAAUUAAAAUGACGCGCCGCAAGAUGAAACCAACACACAUGGAACGUACCGUCUAUGGAGAUGCAUCCGGAGACAGCCUAGCAAGUGUCGUCGAGCUACCCGGCGUUGGUCGGCACGAGCAGAUACAUGUCGCUGGAUGGCCACCACUGGACCCGUUUGUGGAGGGACAUUCUAGCUUCUGGUCCAUGUCGGCUGAAGGAGCCCUUAACCACUCGCAACAAUAUGCGAUCGAAUCCCAGUCGUUUGUCCUGCAUACCACAGCGGUGCUCACUGACGCAGGGAUUGAUGUGAUGAGGACUAAAGGCAGUUCUCUAAUGGGAACGCCUCUUGGGGGCAGUUCCGCCAUCAUUGGUCCUGACGGACGUGUUCUCAAAAAGGCAAAUACCCCAGGAGAGGAGCUUAUUAUUGCAGAUAUAGAUUUGACGGAUGCCACCAAAGCCAAGCUUUUUGCAGACGCGAGUGGACAUUACAGCCGACCAGAUUUGCUUUGGCUUGGCGCGGAUACUACUCGCAAAACAGUCGUCAGGGUCCAAAAGACAACGGAGAGACGGACAGGGACAUCUGAAUGA